UCAACCUCUACCGCCACCCACCAGUCUCAGUCCCAGGAAUUCUCCAGAGCGAGCGAGCGAGAGAUGUCGUGCCUGGCGUCGUGCUGCGCGGCGGCGACGUGCGGCCUCUGCUCGUCGGUGGGGGGGAUCUCCAAGCGCUCCGCCAGGCUCGCUUACUGCGGCCUCUUCGGCCUCUCCCUGAUCGUCUCCUGGGUCCUCCGAGAAGUCGCCGCCCCUCUCCUCGAGAAAAUCUCCUGGAUAAACACCGGCUCCCAUACGAAAGCAUGGUUUCAAAUGCAAGCGGUUCUCCGGGUGAGCUUGGGGAAUUUCCUUUUUUUCGGGAUACUUGCUCUCAUAAUGAUUGGGGUGAAAGACCAGAACGACAAACGGGAUUCGAUGCAGCACGGUGGAUGGAUUGCAAAGAUGAUUAUCUGGCUCUUGCUUGUCGUUCUCAUGUUUUUCCUGCCAAAUGAGGUCAUCACAAUUUACGAAACUCUAUCAAAAUUUGGAGCAGGACUGUUUCUGUUGGUUCAAGUGAUUAUCCUACUAGAUUGCACUCAUUCGUGGAAUGAUGCAUGGGUUGCGAAAGAUGAACAGAAAUGGUAUGUUGCUUUGCUGGUGAUAUCAGUUGGGUGCUACAUUGCAGCGUACACUCUCUCUGGGAUUUUGUUCAUAUGGUUUAAUCCUUCUGGUCACGACUGCGGCCUCAAUGUCUUCUUCCUUGUUAUGACAAUGAUCCUUGGCUUUGUAAAUGGAAUUGUUGCACUUCACCCUGCGGUAAAUGGCAGCCUCUUGCCUGCUUCGGUGGUAUCAGUUUAUGGCGCUUAUGUGUGCUACACUGCUCUCUCUUGUGAACCUCGAAAUUAUGUUUGCAAUGGUCUACAUAACAAGUCUCAUGCAGUCUCCACCAGCACCCUCAUUCUCGGAAUGCUUACGACCGUUCUUUCCGUACUAUAUUCCGCUUGCCGUGCUGGAUCAUCGACAACAUUCUUGUCCCCUCCGUCUUCCCCCAAGUCAGGUGCAAAAAAGCCUCUUCUUGAUGGAGAUGAUGUCGAAGAAGGCAAAGAUAAGAAGGAUAAGAAGGAUAAGAAGGAAGCAGAACCGCAGCCAGUUACUUAUUCCUACUCUUUCUUCCACCUUAUUUUCGCUCUGGCUAGCAUGUACUCAGCUAUGCUUCUUUCAGACUGGACCAGCUCUUCUGAUAGCUCGGAUCUGGUCGAUGUGGGUUGGACAUCUGUUUGGGUCCGCAUUGCUACUGAGUGGGUCACAUCUGCUCUCUAUAUCUGGACCCUCGUGGCCCCAUUGAUUCUUCCUGAUCGCGAGUUCUUCUGAGUUACCUGUUGUCGAAGUUUCCAUAGUGUAAUUAGAAUUGGUGGAGUGUUUUUGUUUUGGGGAGGACCUUGCAGUGGAAUAAGAUGGGUUUUAGUGACUUGAUAGGAGCCUAGGUCUGCCUGCAUCUGUUCUCUCUGUUAUUCAUAUUUGUAUCCUUUUCCAGUUUUACAGUCUUUCCUGCAAGAUUGGUUCACACCGGGUUAUGAUGUGGUGGAAACGAAAUGAGCAAGGUAUACUAGAAAUCGGGCUGAUUGUUGUACUUAUGAGGAGAGUAUAAAACAUAAAUCUGCCCGAUGCUGAUGUGUGCCAGGUACUAUUGCAAUUUCUCUUGAUCAGUUCAAUGUAAAUAUCCUCAAUUAUUUCUUGA